UUUUCUUGUUGUAAAACUCUCACAAAAAAACAAUGGAUUCAAAAUCAUCAGAGAGGUUCCUCAAUAUCCAUGCAACCGCAAGGGUUCAAUCUUCAUCCUCGUACUCCUCCGAGGUUGUCAUCUUUCAAAAUUACCAUGCGGAGAUACUUUUACAAGACAAGCGUAGCGGUUCUGUCUUCGAAUGCCUUGGCUCCUACCCUGAUCAUCUCCUCGAGGGCUCUACUCUCUCCCUUGAUGUCGAUAACUUCACACCUGCCUACAUCUUCCGGCGUCUCGCCAAGGAAUUGAACGACUAUGACUUGUCCUGGGACAUAACUCGUCGUAUUUUUCCUGAAUCCCAACGGCGAGACUUGCCACAGGACAAACCAUUGUUCAUCACCGUUCUUGUGGAAUCGACACGCAAAUUGUAUUUUCAAAGGGAGGAGAUGUGUGCAAUCUGUCUUGAAAAUUUUGAGAGUAAACCCGUGUGCAUCUUGCCUUGUUGCUUCCAUCAGUUUCAUAGAGAAUGUAUUUGUGAAUGGAUUGAUCGAAGAGGCCAUGACUCUUGCCCUCUCUGCCGCCAUCCUGUUCAAUAAU